AUGGAUAACAGAAGAGUUUUCCAAUCACGGCAAGCGUCCUUGGGGAAAUCCCAAGAUGGUGGUGAUGAGGGAGGUUACCAGUCGAGUUCGCUUAGAUCAAAGUUGAAAAACAUAUUUGCUAGGCCCUGGUCGUCGAGGGAAGAGCCAAGUUUAUCUUCAAGUCAGCAAACUUUGAAAAAUCACUCGUUUGAGGCCCCUUUAUUGGCACUAACACGGCCUCGUGUCUCGCAGUUGCAGCAGCUGCUGCAACUGCAACAGUCAUUUACAGUUCCCGGGUCCUUCAAUUCGAGCUGUCCUUCACCUCGCCGACAAUACGCUCAAGCUGAGUACCAGAUCACGAAAAAGCCCUUGAAAGACGAGGAUGACGACAUGGUCAAUGCAAACGAAGUGUUGUCGAGUUUUUUCAAAAAAAAGGGCACGGCAAAGUUGACCGAGGUGGAGUUUGAAGGAGUCAUGUCCCUCAUGUCCAAAUCGAGAGCAGGAACACCGCACAAGCGAUCACAUGUAGAGUUGAGCAUCAUAGAACCGGAUCAGCCCGCGAAAAGGAGACAUUUGAAUCUGGAGUUGGCACUCCUCGGCAACGAGACCUCGAUGGUGGGGUCGACUCCUCAUAAGCGGCAGGUUCUCCGCUCAAACGCAAACACGUCGGUGAAUGACCUCGCCUACAAGUCCAGCUACAAGAGCAUAUACGACGACACAUUUGAUAGAUCCUACCAGAAUCUACAUGCAAACAACACGAUAAGCCACAUGCCAAGGCGAGUCUCGCUGAUGAGUCGAAGGCCGGCCCCUUAUAGAAGUCGGAUGAAGGCGCCGAUUUCAAAGCUCAAUGAUACCACGGCUGCAAACACCUCCUCGGCUCAACCAAAUGGCACUUUGAACGAGUCGCUAGCAUUCAAAAAGAGCUUUGCGACACUGGACAAGCCAAUGAGCGAAACCGCCAAGGCCCUAUUGACGAUAUUGGACGGCAAGUCAACAAGAAAAGAAGGAAACAUGGAGUUGAACAAGGAUGAAAAAUUGAAGCUAUUUGAGAACCCUUACUCGAGCAAUGAACGACUGGCAAGGAAACGCACCGGCAAGGAGCUUGAACUGGUGGGAGCAGACUUGUUGAAAGAGUCUAAAGCGCAUGCAAAAGAGACUGAACAGCUUCCACCGCAAGUUUCUGAUAUAUUUGAAGAUGCUCGAAAACCGGAAAACACUGAAAAUGUCAAGAAUGAAAAGAAACAAAAAUCAGCUCAAGUUGAAGCUCAAGUUGAAAGUGCAGCAGCAUCCCAUCCGUUUUCGUUUUUGAAAAAUAGCAACCAGGCUUCUGCUCAAUCUGAAAAGCCAACGUUUUCAUUCAGCCCUAACCCCACAUCACAGACUGAGAAGACCACAAUGCCCGCUUUCACAUUUAAACCUGCCCCAGCAGUAAAUGAAAAGCCCAAAUCUCCCACCAUUGCAUUUUCCAACAAUACGCCAUUCUCUUUUCAACCGCAGGUUUCUGGUGGUAAUACAAACAAAUCGCCGAGUGUGGCUGCAGACCCUAAAAAUUCCGCCGUUUCAAAUGGAAACGAACCAAAAGAAACCGAGUCUAAACCUUUCAGUUUCCAAUUUGGUGCUGCGAAACUGAGCGCAGAUCAACCUGCUUCCGUCAGAUUCAACUUUGGAUCCAAUACGAAUGGCUCUACUUCGGUGGUGACCACAACUGAAACAAACGGAGCUCAACCAAAACUGUUCAAUUUCAAUUUUGCACCUGCCAAUGCUAAAGCGGAUCAAUCUGCAACCCCUAGCUUCAACUUUGGAUCCAAAACAAAUGGCUCCUCCCCAGCUUUUUCCUUUGCAACGAAAACGCCCAAUGGUUCGGUAGAACUGAGUGAGGGUGGGAAGGAAAUUGAGAAGUCGCAGACAACAACGACUCGGCUUGCAUUUUCAUUUGCUCCUACCACCACUAACACCACCACCACCACCGCCGCGCCAUUCUCGUUUGGUGCCAAACCCACCAUCUCCAACGGCACAAACCCAGACGUUGCUAAGUCAUCGGAAUUCACAUUUCCGCAACCUAAAAUAACCAACGUCAGUUACAACCAAGCUGAUGUUGACAAGUACAAGUCAGAUUUCCCAUUUUAG